AGGGCGGAAGACGACGGGGAGCGGGAUUGAACAGCGCCUGCGCGGAGGGGGGACCCCGACCUCUACUGCGCCUGCGCAGUGCGGCGGGGGGCGAUGGAGUCGGACGGCACCUACGAGCCGGGCUUCGUGGGCAUCCGCUUCUGCCAGGAGUGCAACAACAUGCUGUACCCCAAGGAGGACAAGGAGAACCGGAUCCUGCUGUACGCGUGCCGAAACUGCGAUUACCAGCAGGAGGCCGACAACAGCUGCAUCUACGUCAAUAAGAUCACGCACGAAGUGGACGAACUGACCCAAAUCAUCGCUGACGUGUCCCAGGACCCCACGCUGCCCCGGACGGAGGAUCACCCCUGUCAGAAGUGCGGACACAAGGAAGCCGUGUUUUUCCAGUCUCACAGUGCACGAGCUGAGGACGCCAUGAGGCUGUACUACGUCUGCACCGCUCCCCACUGCGGCCACCGCUGGACCGAGUAGACGGCUGGUGCUGGAAGGCAGCGGUCUCCAUCGUCUGAAUCUCCGGGUCCCUCGUGGAGCGCCCUCGGCACGCUGCUCGGACUUGAGUUGGGUGCAUUUAGUUAAUAAAAAGGUUUUCUAUUUUUUCAAA